UGGAAUUGUAUUGUGCCGACUGUGUUGUCGAUUCAAUUCACGUGGAAGCAAGAAGUGAGCAACAUGGCGGCGGCAGAUCAAAGCAUCGGUAUGAUGGAUGGCGCGUACUUUGUCGGGCGCAAGGAGAUCCUAGACUGGGUAAAUGCCACGUGCGGCCUGGGACUGACGAAGGUCGAGCAGACGUGCACAGGUGCGGUCGCGUGUCAGAUCCUUGACGCAAUCUACCCGGGGAAAGUCCCGAUGUCCAAGGUCGACUGGAGCGCCAACAAAGACUACGAGUACAUCCAAAACUACAAAAUUCUGCAAAAAGCGUUCGCGACGCUCAAGAUUGAUCGGUUCAUCGAAGUCGACAAGCUCAUUCGAGGAAAGUACCAAGACAACUUGGAGUUCAUGCAGUGGUACAAGCGAUUUUACGAAUUGAACGCUGGCGGGUCGUCGGACUACGAUCCGAUUGCAACUCGAGAAAAGGGAAAGGGUGGUGCAGCUUACACGGCAAAGUACAAGUAUGCUGGGGCAACGACGGCCCCUUCCAGUGCGCCCGCGGCCAAGAAGCGUCCCGUUGCGGCAUCAUCCAAAGCUGGAUCUGCGAAACCUCCUGGUGCUCCUGUAUCUGUCGAGAAGGAGAAAUCGAUUCGUCGAACGAGUGAUUCCGCCGCCAGCAACAAAGAGAUUGAAGAUCUGACGCGGGAAAACGAAGAAUUGGCUGAAGCGAACUCGAUCUGCCGUAGCCAGGUACGAGUUUCGACCUUACUUAAGUCUCAUGGGCCAUUGCUGGGACUUCCUCUGCGAUCGUAUGCAGAUCGAAGGCUUGGAAAAGGAGCGAGACUUCUACUUUGGCAAGCUGCGCGACAUUGAGUCCAUGCUCCAGGAACUAGAUGAGUCGCAACACACGGACAUCAUCAAGAAGAUUUUCGAGGUUCUGUACGCCGCGGAAGGUGACUUUAGCGUUCCUGACGACGAGCACGACGUUGGCGCCGAGGACGAAUUGAUGUAGUUUCUCCCCAACGAGUCGUUUCAGGUUCCGCCUGGCAACAAUUUCAGCCAAUGGAACGACUUUUUGAAAUUUUCAUCCAAUCAAAUGAAUCAAAAUUGAAAUAUGGGCCAAUCCACA